CGGGCGGGCCCGCGGAGCGGUUCCGGGGCAGGCGGCGCCGGCCCGGGAUGAGCUCGGAGCGGGGGAACGUGUCGCGCACGCGGCCGCAGCGCCACCAGAACGCGCACGCCUUCAGGAACGACAAGUACGACACCAGCGCCCGGCGCAAGAAAAUAAAUGCUAAGCUUCAUGAUGGAGUGUGUCAGCAUUGCAAAGGUAUCUUGGAGUGGCGAGUAAAAUUCAGGAAGUACAAACUACUGACAAAACCUAAAAAGUGUGUGAAAUGCCUCCAGAAGACUGUAAAAGAUCCUUAUCAUAUUAUUUGUCGACCAUGUGCUGGUAAACUAGAAAUCUGUGCUAAGUGUGGGAAACAAGAAGAAAUAGUGAUUCCGAUUGAUAAAGGACAAGACAGGACUGACAGUGACACUUCUAAAAAUGGCCGAGAGAGCAGUAAAUUGAAGGAUGAGCUGGAUUUUGAAACAAAUUUCAGUAGUGCAGAUAGUGAUGAAGACUCUGAUGUGCUUGAAGAACAAUUUAAAACUAUGAAUUUUGAAACAACAGAGAUCUAAAAGAAUUCAGAUAUUCAUCUGGGUCUGGUGUGGUUUUCUCUGAUAUGAAAAGACUUACACAGUGGAGUGAUGCUUAUAGAGUUACUCCCUUCCCAUUUUCUCUUCUGCUGUUUAUUAAUCUGUACAAAGAACUUAACUGAAGUUGCAGUAACUGUCUUUACAGGAUUUAGAAUGAUUUGAUUUCUUUUGUACUGUCUUCUUGGUCUUUACAUUUAACUAACAGUGUAUAUAUGUACAUUAAUCUAUGACAAUAUGCUGUGUCACAUCUGCUUUGGUGCUUUGCCUGAUUUGCAAUAGUGAGCAUGGAAAAACUUGAUUAUCAAACUACAUUUUUCAAAUGCUGUGUGAGGAAAUUCAGCUCUGAGUUUGAUGCCCAUCCCUGCCUUGGAAUGAAGGAAAUACUCAAACUUAAUCCUCUGGGUGCAAAUAGGCACCCGAUGUCUGUCCUGUCAAGCUGGAAAACAAGAAGUGUUCAGUGGCAGAAAAUGAGGUUGUCAGGUAUGUUCAGAAGUAUUGGAUCUGAAGGUUAUCUGAAGGUUUCACUGGCAGAUAAGUCCUCCCAACAGCACAGCAAUGACAUCUGACUUAAUGUCACAUCUGUUGUCCUGCCAGUUGUUGUCAAUAAGGGCAGAGUAAACAAGGAAUAUCCCAUGCACACACUGCAGAUGAUCAGGUAGGAGGGUGCAUAGAAGGAAGUUAAUAAGUAAUCUGGAUUUAACUUCAGAAGGGGUCUCUCUGAAGGGGUAACCAAAGGUGAACUUGGAUUUUGAAAGUGCCAUACAUAUGGGAAAUGUUCUUCCACUUGGAAAAAUUUUUAAUGGCCUUGUUCUUUGUUGAAAGGUGAGAGGAAAUCCUGGAAUGACAGAAAAACAUGUGAUGGAACUGGCAGAAGCUGUAUAAUGAGAAAAUAAGGGGAAGAAUUCUCUUCUUAUAGUGGUAACACAACCUGUCAGUACCAGGAGUGAGCAGAGUGACAGAGAUAAACAAUGUGUUGCAACACAGUGCAAAAAUGUUUGUACAAAGGGAAAGUCCUCUGAAGUCUUCACAUCGCACUCCUGAUGCUCUGUUCAGAGCUGGUACUAUAACGUGAGAGAGAGCGACAGUGAGAGAGAGAGGGAGCAGGAGAGGAUGCCAAGAGCAAGUCUGGUCCCUGGGCACACCUUAUCAGGGGCCUUCAGAAUGGGCGUGGAAUAAGACUUGGGCCAAAGGGAUUUCAGAUACCUGAUGCUUCAGGGCAAGGUUACAGAUGUGGGAUAGGCCAUACAUUUUAUGGGGUGAGACAAAACAUUCCAUUUGACCCUUGGACCUGUCUGUAGGUGAGGGCAUUGUUCAAUCAAAGGGGGGAUUGCCUUCAACUGGCUCUACUAUUGUUUUCUAGUUGUUUAGUGACUAAGGUUUGGUAUCUCAAAGCUUGUUCUCAUUUCAAUCUCACUUAUAGUUUUUGUAUGUUCCAAAUCUUUUGCCAGGCAACCAUAUUUAUAAGGCUUUCCUAUUUCAUCUUCCCCAGCAGAAAAUUUUUGACAAUUCUUUCACAAAUAUUAAUGAAUUUGUGUCUCUAAACAAGAGGAAAUAAAAAUUCCACAGUGCCUGCAGGAUAUUGAUAUGCAGUUCAAACAGUAUGACUGAUCGGAGGUUUCAGGAUUUGUCUGAACCUUGCAGUGCCUCACCAAAUACAUUACUGAAGAAGAAAAUGAUAGGUGUUAAUUAGUCAUCUGAAGAAUACUUGAUGCAUCACUGGUGAUGCAGUGAUGUCGCUGACAGUUGAGUUCCUAUUACCAGGUUGCCCUUAGGAGUGUCAUUUGGCAUGACUCAACACUGAAAUAAUUAAUUAGGUAGUGGACUGCCAGUAUGUGUGAGGCAGGCAUGCCAGAUGAUUCUUACUCCACAAGGGGAAAUGCUCAUCAUAGCUGGAGCUGCCAGAACUCAACAUGCUUGACUUACACAUUUCUGGGAAUCAAAUUCCUGUGUCAAGGAUUUCUUGAGACAACCUGGAUUCAUUGCAGUAUGAGGAGAGCCUGAUGUGGACACAGUGCUACCUCCUAAGAUAAUUCCUUUACAAUCUUCUCUGUCAAAAUUCACAGGCAUCUCUGAGGCAUCCUAUCAUCAAAUGUUUUGAAGGAUCAGGUAAUGCAAAAAACAUUGCCCCAUGAUUUACUUCCAGUUUUGCAUGGGCUGUGCUCUUCUAUUCUUCUUUUGGCUACUGAUUAAUGUGUAUUCCUCCAAAAUACUGUAGUAAUACUGGCCUCUGAAGGUUUAUAGAACUACCAGUUAAUUAAGAAAAGUACAGCUUGCUUUCUCCCUAUAAUGGGCAUGUACUUGGAUGUUGAGAUGUAAAUCAUAGCAUUAGCAAGGAAAAUACAAGAAAAUAUAGCAGGUCAUCAAAUGUGAGCCACCUUGUAAACCUCUAGCUCUAUAAUUAUGUAUGUUUUCUUUGUUUAGGAGUUCUCAUAAGUAAAUGUAUGCUGGUAGAAAAUGCAAAACUAAGUGCUUAUUGGAAGCAUCACCCUGGCUUGCAGAGUUAAUGAGGAAAGCUUUGUAAGUGACAGGAAGAGAUGCUUUUCUUUAUCAGAUGUUUGGGGAGCUGCUCAUGCAAACUACUGGGUCACUUAUUUCUCCUGCCUACCUUUCAUCUGAAAGCUAAUACAAUUCAAAACUCUUGGUGAAAAAGAAGGUAUGAACUCUGCAUACAUACUCAUUACAUGCAGUGAGUUUGUAGGUAGGAUUCCUAAUCUUUGAAACAGUUGAAGUGAGAUCUUUCUGUAGCUUAACAAUACAUUUGUAGACAAAUUACCUGUAACAGACUAGAAAGAAAAUAUUUUACUUGUUUGAAGUAGCAGACUUUUCUGCUGGAGCCCCUAAAAAUAGUUAAGAUGAAAUCACAUUAAAAUUAUAUCUUUUUUUUCUGAAGGCAAUAAGAAAAUAUAUAUUUGUAGUAAUAGGGGUAAUACUUAUAAUUCAGUCACCAAUAAUAAUUUGAGGACAUGAAGAUAGGCGCCAAAGGCAUUAAGAUUUUACCUGAAAAAUCUCUCCUUGCAUUUUUCCGCUGACAUAACUUCAGAAACCCAAAUUGAAAGGAUCAGAUGAAUUCUUAUAAGUGCUUUGAAAACAGCACAAAUAGUUUAAUAAUUUGCUUUUAAACUGCAACUGAGAAGAUCAUGUUUUUAUUCAAAAACAAAACAAAAGAAGGUUUAUGCCUGUUACCAAAUGGCAGCACUCACUUGAAAUCUCUCUUUUAAGGACAUCUUGCAUUUUGGGGCCUCAAGAUGGUAGUAUCUCUUUUACUUGCACUUGACUUGCAAUUUAUAUAAGCUUAUAUGAGCAAUAUGACACAAUGUGUCAAAAGUAUCCACAGUUUAAUUAUUCUGAAACAUUCCAACAAUGAAACUUGUAGCAUUUAUCGAAUUAGGUGUAGUGGCAAAGCUACGUGUGUAACAGAUCUGUUUUUCAUUCUAGGAUCUCCUGACUACUAUGUUCCUUUUGGGAUUAUUUCGUAUCCUUUUCUCUCAGCCGUUGCACUCUGGAAGUGUCUAUCUGGCAGGAGAGCUGUACAGCCUCUGACCCUCAGCAGCAAUGUAUUGCUCCGGGUAAUUCCCAUUAAAAAGGAACAGAAUUUAUGCCAGAACAGUAAAACAAAGUGCUCUGCUUUGUGGGUCCACCUUGGAGAUGCACUGUGUGGGCUUCAUCAGACACAGGGGAAAAUGGUUAGAUCAGCUUCUCAGAAAGACUAACCCUGUAGCACCCAUUCUACUCAAACCUUGCUGUGCAAACCCAAACAAAAUACACUUGUGAGGUGUAUGUGAAGUGAAAUAAAGUGGUGGGUCUUGCCAGGAAAAGAUGAAAAGGCACUACAGUAUUUUUUAUAGUAUUGGAGAAAUGCAGAAUAAUCCCAAACCCUCCAUAUCCAAGGAAAAAUUAGCCCCAUAAAACCAGACGACUUUUAUUCUUUUAAGGAACAGCAGGUUUACUAUUACUUACGUGACAAAGAUUUUAAAAGUCUCUCUAGAAAUGGCUAAUAUCUCAUUCUCCAAAGAAAAUAACUCUUCAGUAGCAGCUUAGUCUUUCUAACAAUAAGUUAGUGAUGGAACCUUCCAAAAUGGAACAAGGUUUACCUGCAUUACUUAGAGAAAAGUUAUAAUACAAUCUUAUGUUAUAAAACUAAUCUUGUAUUUUAAAAAGAUCACAAGGAAUUUGCCUAGAAAAUACCUAGUGAGACUCAAGUUGUAUUUCCACAAUCUUCCCAUUUUAGGAAAUGGUUGCCUUAAGGUUUAAGGCAUACCAAAACUAUGCAGUGGCCAGAACCUCAGAGCUAUGGUUUUCACUGUGUUUCAGCCAGAAAUUUUCCUUUAUUUCCAGUUUUUGUACAAUCCUGAGUUGCAUUUGGGUAUUAAUAAUUCUGACAUUAUGAAUUCUCCUUUCGAGAAAGAAUUGCAUUUUGGAUCACCACACCUAACUAGUUGCUUCUUUCUCAUUCUCAUUACUGCACCUAAGGUCUACAGAGACCAAGUACAGGUACUGGCUAUCUAUGUUACUUCAAAAAAUCACAUCAGUAACUGGCUGGUUGUAAACAAUCCACCCCCCAACCCCCACCCCCCUCCCCCAAAAAAGAACCAAAACAAAACAAAAAACCCACCAAAAAAAACCCAUUAAACUCAAAAACAAAAUGAAAAAUCCAAACAAAAACAAUAACAAACAAAACAAUCACAACACUAUAUCCCCCCCCCCUCCCCCGUAGCACUUACCCAGGACACUCUCAGAAUGAGUCCUGUUGGGCGUUCUUGUCCCUUGCCACUAACGUGUGCCAUUAAUGAGAACAGUGUAUGGUUCUAGAGGAAGGGUAAUGCAUAUGCUUUAGUCUUUAAAUGGAGAGAAGGGCCUCUGUCAUAUACCUGAUGGUGUCAAGCAGGGUUGUCCAGCCAUGUUUGUCCAAAAUGGCAUUUAGAGGCAGAGGGUGGGGGGAAGGAUGGAAGAAGGGGAAGAUGGUGUGGCAGGAAACACCUAGUGAGUAUGGAAGUACAGAAGUUCACAUAGCCUGUACCUGCCUCUCUUCAUCUCUGCGAUCUUCAGCUGUCACUGUAGUGUGCAUGGAAGUAAGACCAAAUAAUACACCUAAAACUUUCCUGUAAUCAGCUGACAAGUUGCUGCUGUCUUGCAGCCUGUCAGCUGAGGUUUUUGCAGGUUCCAAGGAAUGAAAUACAUUGUUACUGUUUGAGACAGCUUAACUUUUGUUGAAAUGAAAGCAAUUUAAAGGAGACAUUACAACGGACAGUAAUUACUGUUUGGUACUUCUCCUGGGGCCUGAAUGGAAAUUAUUUAAAAAUACUGAUUCCGAUUAAGAAUCCCACUCAUAGAACUGAAGCUAGACCUUCACAGUGACAAAACACAGUUAUCACUACUUUACCUUUGUAAUUUGAGAAACCUUUCAGUGAGAUUUCGUUUGGGUUUUUUGUUUGAGAUUUUUUUGAGGUGUGUGGGGGUUGUUUUGGUAUUCUUAACAUUAAAGCAUUUUACCAUUA